CCAGCUGCUCCAACUCCCGUCUUUCCUCCAUACCCAGCACUUCGCUUUCAAUCAAACGAUCUGCCCACCAUGUCUCUCCUCGGAAAGAAGUUCCCCACCCCCGUUGCCAAGCCCAUGGCUCCCUUCUUCGCCGCCGGUCUGGUCAUCCUCUACGGUGUCAACUCUUUCGCCAACGUCAUGAUGUCGACCGCCGAGUUCAAGAACGACCCCCGCAACCCCAACCUCAAGAACCAGAAGCAUUAAAUUAGCUCUGGGUGAAUUUCCGAGCACGCGGAUAUGGCGGAUGAAUGCGUGGCUGGUGUGGGUGGUUUGAGAGCCCCGGUUGCUGCGGG